UAGGCUGCAGCGUGUGUUUAUUGAUGAGAUGAAAGAAGAUGGAAGUGAGACAUGAAACAAAGUAAGGGAAAAUACUAAAUCUACAGAAAAGGAGGAAAACUCCAGGCUUGUCCGGAUAAGGAAGACAAGAGAGAAAGUAACCGGGGAAAAGCUGUGAUACAUUGUCGCGAGUGGAGGAAAAGAAAAGUGACAGAUCUGGAUCGGCCGAAGAGAACGCACUCGGAGGAGCAUCAGAUGUGAUCUGCGCAGCCGAGGGACGCUGGAGAGGAAGUGUGUUCUCCAUCCGAGAGUGAGAGGGCGAUCGUGUGAAGGCUCAUUUCAUGCCUGGGAGAGAUGAAGUGAGCGCAGUGUGUUUCACCAGCACCAGCAACCUGUAGCAUCGUGACCCUGUGCCUCUCACCACCACACACACACACACACACACACACUCAUACACACACACACUCAUACACACACACACACAGACGGACAACUACGACGAAGCGCCAGCCGACUGUAAGUUGCCGCCAUCAGCCGCAAAGGGGAUGACUGAGCGCGUCCACAACAUCAACCUACACAACUUCAGCAGCUCGGUACUGGAGACCCUGAACGAGCAGCGCAACCGUGGGCACUUCUGCGACGUGACGGUGCGCAUCCACGGCAGCAUGCUGCGUGCCCACCGCUGCGUGCUCGCCGCUGCCAGCCCCUUCUUCCAGGACAAGCUGCUGCUGGGCUACAGCGACAUCGAGGUGCCGGCGGUGGUCUCCGUGCAGUCGGUGCAGAAGCUCAUCGACUUCAUGUACAGCGGCGCGCUGCGCGUGGCCCACUCGGAGGCGCUGCAGAUACUCACGGCCGCCAGCAUCCUGCAGAUUAAGACCGUCAUCGAUGAGUGCACGCGCAUCGUCUCGCACGCCUCGGGCCCGGACACGCCACGCGGCACGCCCGACUCGGGAACCUCGGGCCCCGGGAGCGACGUCGAGCAAGGCCUCGAGCGCGCCUACUCGUCCGUCUACCCCGGACUGGAGCUGCAGAACGGCUCGCGGAGCGAUCGCCAGCACUACACCAGCGUUUCCAUCCCCGGCGGCUUCGACCCCCUGCAGCAGAAAGACGGCGUGCAGGACCCGGCGCUGUGGGUGAGCCGGCUGCACGAGCGCCAGCAGCAGGCCGAGCGCUUCCUGGGUUCGACGGAGACCACGCACUGCCGCAAGCAGCCACGCCCGGUCCGGCUGCACACGGCCGAAAACGACGUACGCAUCAAGCAGGAGAGGACGACCGAAGAGACGUACGGCUGCUACGGAUUGGACGUGGAGGAUGCGAACGGGGAACCCAAAGGAGAGAGCUUCGACUCGGGCGUCAGCUCUUCUGUCGGCACAGAGAACGACCCGUCGGAGCAGCACUUCAUGCCCGGGUUCGGGCGCGAGGGCGAGGCCGAGGUCGGCACGCCGGUGCACAUCGACGUCACCGACUCGUCCCCGGAGCAGAGCCAGGAGAUGGGCGAAGACAACAACAGCGCGGAUGGGAGGGACAUCGUGAUGGACCAGGCGCCACUUUCCAACCCCGUCAUGCCCAGUUCGGUGCCCGGCGGGCAGCUUUACAUCCGCCCGUGCGACACCAUCGCCGCCAACCUGCGCAUGCCGCUGACGCUAACCAGCGGCACCAACUCGUACCUGCCCACGCUGUUCGCCCCGCAGCCCACAGCCAAGGAGAACAAGCCGUUCCUGUUCAGCCUGCCGCAGACCGUCAGCUCCCAGCAGCCCCAGUUCGUGGCCGUGCCUCCCCACAGCAUGACGCCUUUCCCCAGCGGCCUGAGCGGAGUGCCAACCGCCGGCGCACAGCAGCAGCAGCAGCCCGCCGCCACCGGAGUGGUGCAGCAGGGCGAGAAGAAACCGUACGCCUGCACCCUGUGCUGCAAAACCUUCACUGCCAAACAGAACUACGUCAAACACAUGUUCGUGCACACAGGUGAAAAGCCGCACCAGUGCAGCAUCUGCUGGCGCUCGUUCUCCCUGAAGGAUUACCUGAUCAAGCACAUGGUGACCCACACGGGCGUGCGCGCCUACCAGUGCAGCAUCUGCAACAAGCGCUUCACGCAGAAGAGCUCGCUCAACGUGCACAUGCGCCUGCACCGCGGCGAGAAGUCCUACGAGUGCUACAUCUGCAAGAAGAAGUUCUCCCACAAGACCCUGCUGGAGAGGCACAUGGCGCUGCACAGCACCGCCACCGGGGUCACCGCCGUCACCGGGGUCGUCACCGGGGUCGUCACCGGGGUCUCCGGCGCCAACCCGCCAGGCCCCGCGUCCAUCCCGGUGCAGAUGGCCGUCCCCGAACCCGGUCCCGGAGUUGUGGCUCUGGCCAUGCCGGUGGGAGGAGGCGGAGCCGGGGGAGGCGUCAGCGGAACCGGAGUGGGCGUGGCCUCCGAGGCGAGCUGCCAGGAAGCGACGACCUACAUGUGCUCGGUGUGCCCGGUGAAGUUCGACCAAAUCGAGCACUUCAACGACCACAUGCGCAAGCACGUCUCCGACGGAUAAGUACGGAAAAAAAAUCAAAAUAUAUAUCGUCAAAAGUUUUUAAAAACUUUUUAAACAACAACAACAAAAAAAAAGAAUGAAAAGAAAAAUAAUGGCACUAGAAUUUUUUUUUUUUUUUUUUGGUUGGUUGGUUGGUUCGUUUGUUUGUUCGUUUGUUUGUUUGUUUUUCCCUAAAAAUUUGGGGCAUGAAGAGUAAUGAGUAUAGACACUGGCACAUUGAGUUGAGUUUUCCCAGAAAACAAAAAUUGUUUUUUUUUUCUUUUUUUUUUUUGGUCGUUUUUUGUCGUUAUUCUUAAAGAAUUAAAAAACCAUAGAUGGUGGCCUUAAGGCUGUGUAGUUGGAGAAUGAUCCACUGGCUGGAUCCAAACUACUGGCCUCUAAAUGUAUGAUUUCCUUACUGAUUUAUGUGUUGAACACUACCGAAAGGCCUGCGAAAGAUACACACACCACACACACACAUGUAUAUAUGCGCAUAUAUAUAUAUAAACAUAUAUAUACAUAUAUAUACACACACACACACACACACACAGACUACUUAUACACUUACAUACCGUAGAGUGAGUCGUAUCGUAUCGUACCGUAUGCGUGUGUGCGUACUUACAUACGUGGCCGUGUGUGCGUGCGUGCGUGCGUGUGUGUGUGUGUGUGUGUGUGCGCGCGUGUGCAAAACCGUGAAAUUUCUAAGCGUUUUCCCAUGUAGACCGUACUGGAUGCCGCCGCCGGCGUCCUGAUUACUGUGGUAAACCUUUAAGAAAAAACAAAAAACAAGAAAAAAAACCAACAAGAAGAAGCGGAUUAUCAGACUUUAGAUUGGACGAGGAAGUGAAGACGGUCACACGUUUGCCUUCUUUAGAUCAGAUCCGAUUCCACACCGGAUUUAUUUAUUAAAAAAUCGAUUCAGCUUCACGCUACCCAGGUCCGCGCGCGUCAUCGUGAGGAAAAGAACCUUAAACACACUUUACGGUGAUUCUAUUUUGUUUCUCACUUUUUUAUUCGUAUUUAUACACACACACCCCACACACACACACACACACACACACACACACACAUAACCCUUCCCUCAACCUCUCUCCCUCUCCUUCUAACCCCGCCUCUUUCCCAUGAUUCCCUGUAGACGUCUGGAGUCGAGUUUACAGCGCGAGGGGUUCGGGCUUUAAAUUUUCUUCGUCAGUAUUUGAGCUUUGACAAUUCACUUUUUUGCGAACACUGCCACUGGAAAAAAAUAAUAAAAAAGACUGUUAUUUGAUCUCUUCCUAAAAGUGACGAAAAAAUAAAACCGGAUACGAAAGAAAAGAAGCCCAGGAACAACACAGGGUUCUUUUUUUCUUUCUUUUUUUUUUCUUCUCUCUUUUUAAUGAAUUUAUUAUUAUUAUUAUUAUUAUAAUUUUUUAAAAAAUUCACAAUUUGUAUCUUUCCCAUCGUUCCACGAUUGAUAAAAACAAACGAACGGAAAUGUAAAGGCUGGCGUGGCGCGGCGUUAGCGGCUGCUCCGCACACACACACACACUCCGGCGUUCAGACUGUUACACCCCGACGCGGUGUGCUGAAGCUGUUCUCACUAUUCGCACUACUCCACCAGCUGCCGACGCCGAGCCGCUCAGCGACCCGGACACAAAUAACCCAAAAUCCCAAAAUAAAGAAACGUUUAAAAAAAAAAAAAAAAAAGGAAAAGGAGUUUCAAAGGAAAAACAUUUUCUUUUUUAAAAAAAAGACGAAGCUGCUUCCUGUUAGCGACGACGUCCGCCGUGACUCAGCUCUUUGGCCCGGGUGGGGCGCCUGAAGUGCACUACUCCUGAUCCCUAAGCCCCAUCUAGUGGCUCAAACGGCCCCGGCGUGAGAUUUAUCGUUUCUUUUUUUUCCAUUUAUUUUUUCUUUUUUUCUUUUUUUUCGGCCAACAGGAAGCACAAACAGUCCGAAAGGAGGGAAAAAAGAAAGAGGGAGGGAGAGAGAGAGAGGGCUAGUCGGGGAAAACAAAACAAAAACAACAAAACACACACACACAUACACACACACCCUGUUCACUAUCUUCUAGUGCACUUACUCUUUUAAGGGAAAAAAAAAAAAGAAAAAGCAUUUUCUAAAACAUUUUUGACUCAUGAAAUCCCAUGAUGCACUGCAGCAGGAUAGAGUUUACCCAUAAUGCAUCAUGCAUUGUUUUGUAGGGGAACCAAAACGAAAAAAAAAAAAUUAUAAUCAGAUCCUUUUCAUUUGUUCGUUCAGUUUUUUUUUUGUUUUUUUCGAUCCAUUUCUGACUGAAGUGCACUACUUCUGAUCCCUAAGCCCUACACGUCUAGUGGCUCAAACGCACCCCGGCUCUCUGGACUGAAAGAAUGAAAUGGUGUGACAGGCACGUUCAGAGCUCAGAUCAUCACCGUAGUAACAUUCACUCCUGACCUGAAGUGCACUACUUUUCAUCCCUACAGCCUAUUGAGUGAAAAAACUAGGAAGAGUAAACCAGAGAGAGAGAGAGAGAGAGGGGGGUGUCCGAAUCUUCCCACAAUGCACUGCUGCGAGGUGUUAGAACACAAACCUGCAUUCCUGGUUCCUGAUUCCGAUGCACUCCUGUUCAUCACUAAACCCUAAAACAUCUAGUGGCCUUAAAGCAGAUUCUACAGAGUUUCUCAAAAACCCCUCACACCCUGUGUGUGUCCAUUAUAAACAUCAAUCAUCGUGCACUCGUAAAAAUUCCCACGUCAGCGUCAAACCUGGCUGGUGCUCAUUACCCAUAAUGCACUGGGGUAUUCGUAAAAGACUGAAAAAACGAAACACUUCUUCCUCCCUAAAGCUCUCCGAGGGGUUUAGGACGCCCCUCGUCCUAGACCCCUCAACCGUCCUGCGCGCUAUUUAACUUCCCACGAUGCACUGCAGCAGGUGUGAGUACCCACAAUGCACCCUGAUCUUUUAUUAUUAUUAUUAUUAUUGUUAUUUGAAAGACUGAAACAAUCAAGUGCCCUACGUAGUGACACUGAAAGAAUAAAAGACACGGACACACACACACACUGUCCUCGGUCUAGUGCACUACUCUCAGAACCCUGAACCCCGUCUAUCUAGAGAGGGGGGGUGGGGCGGGGGCGUGUCCAGAGUCUCGCCCCGUUCACUACAGCGUGCGCCCAACAUUUCCCGUGUCCCAUAAUGCAUUGCAGAAGGUUGCCAGUUUGAGUCACUAGAUCAACGUGUUGUUUGUGUGUGUGUGU